AUUGUUGUAUCAUUACUUUCCAAAACCCCUUUCAUCUAGGGUUUAAGCUUCUGCUAAACACCAGACAGCACCAACCCUCACUCUGAAACUUUUGGUUUCGCAUUCGAUACAGCCCCCAUUAAUUUCACCUUCGAAACAAUGGAAACCCUAAACAACAACGGGUCGGAGCUUGACCCGAAUCUUAUUCCGACGGAGACACCACCACCGGAGGUUGAAAAGCUUGAAACUCUGGGCUGUGCGACCAUCCCCAUUGAGGAACCCAAUAACGGGUCGGAGCCUGAAAAGCUUGAGAGUUUGGGUUGUGCGGCCACUCCCAUAGUGGAAGGAGUGGAGAAAAUCAGUUUAACAGGUACCCCUCUUUCAAAAUCAGUUGAGGGGAAUGGUGAUGAGGUUCAUAGUGAAUCUGAGAGUGAAAGUGAGAAUUCAGAGUCUGAGGAGAGUUCUUCUUCUGACAGUGAGAGCAGUAGUAGUGAUGAUGAAAGCAGCAGUAGUAGUAGUGGCAGCGAUAGUGAUGAUGAUGAGGAGGAGAAGAAGGAGAAACGCGGUGUUACUGGUGAUUUGGAAGUUGAGGAAGGUGAGAUAAGUGGUUCUGAUGACGACAAGAUGAUUAGUUGGAGCAACAAUGAUGAUGAUAUUAUUGGUGAUGAGGAUGAUGAUGCUGUUGAAGCACCCAUCAGAUCAAAGAAUGAGAUUCAGAAUUUGCCUCCAGUUCCGCCUGUAAACGCGAGCUUAGAACCACACCAUCAAAUUCUGCCAGUGGGAGUUGUAAUGUCGACUCUUGGUGCUCAAGUCAUUGUGGAAGGAGUGGAAAAGCAUGACCCACUUAAUGAGGGUUCUAUUCUCUGGUUAACUGAAAGCCAAAAACCACUAGGCAUAGUUGAUGAAGUCUUUGGACCAGUCAAAAACCCUUAUUAUGUUGUGAGAUUCAAUUCUGAAGAUGAAGUCCCUGCAAGCAUCCAAGGGGGAACCUUGAUCUCGUUUGUUCCAGAAUUUGCCGAUCAUGUGCUUAAAAACAAAGAUGUUUACAAGAAAGGGUAUGAUGCAUCUGGUGCGAACGAUGAGGAGUUGGAUGAUGAAUUUGAGUUUUCAGAUGAUGAGAAGGAGGCUGAAUACAGGAGAAUGCAAAGAUUGUCAAAGAGAGGUGUAAAUGAUCAAAAUCCUGGCAAGGGCAAGAAAAAAAACAAUAGAUAUCAGUCUUCACUGAAUGAGUAUGUGGUACCUUCCACCUCCGAUGCACCUGCAACACCAUUGCUUGAUCGUGGGAAUCAUUCAUCAUUUUCUGGCACUGGACAAGGUCCUUUGGGGGGAACCACCACAGUUCCACCAUUUCCACCCUUAAAUGCAGGUCCUAACUUUGCCGCAAAUGGAGUUUGGACAAAUGGGACAUCAUUUCCGCAGCAGCCACAACAUGUUAUGGCUCCUAAUGGAUUUCCUUCAAAUGGCAUACCAUUUUACCCUCAAAACACUCAAUUUUCUCAUCAGUUGCCUAUGCCAGGAAUGCAAUUUCAACAGCAAUUGCUUCCCAAUCCUGGAUCUCUUCUCACAAAUAUGCUUUCUGGGAUGCAGCCCAAUAUAUUUGCACAAGCCAUGUCAGCACAGGGGCUUCCGGGUCAAAACCAAAUGCCUCAAAACCAUCUGGGUCAAAACCAAAUGCCUCAAAACUAUCUGGGUCAGAACCAAAUGCCUCAAAAUCAAAUGGCAUUUGGUUUGAGCUCACCCUUCUCACAGAUUCCACCACCCUACUUUCCUGCACAGCAGGGUUUUCCAUCUACUGAAUCGCAACCAGAAAGAAACCCUAAUUGGAAUUCUAAUUCUGCUUCUGGCUCCCCCUCUCAAUUUCAUCCAGGCUCAUCUGCUAGUCGUGGGAGAAACACUUAUCGUGGUCGCGGUAGGAAAGGGUGGCGACCAGCCAAGUGAAGGUUAUUGUGCAAUUCACUUUGAAACAAUCUGUCAGAGUAGGGCCAUUCUGCAAGGAUUGCACUUAGCUUUUGCGCUUGGGAUCCUGAGCCAGCAACAUUCUUGUUUUAAAAGACGUAUAGGCAUCUCUGUUGAAAUUUGAAAUUAAUGCAGUAAGAUCCUAAAAUAGAUGAGUUCCUAUUUACGUGUAUUAUCUGUUCUUUGGAAGUAUUUUUUCUUGAUUAGCUUGGUGCUGAUGAUCUUGUUUGUUUACUGGAUUGACUGAAGUUGCACCUUGAAACACCUUCCACUUCUAA